GAUACCGGUCAUACGAAGGCUGAACCGGUAUCACCGAGUGACAUUUGAACGGAAAAUGUCGGUGAUAGCGGAGAGUAUUUCAAACUAUAAAAGGUGCAUGCGAUAGAUGUGCACUCGUCAGUAGGGUUUUGCGUGCGCUAUCUGGAAAUUCAGAAACCGAGGUUGGACGAUCGCGUCGACACCGUCAAUAACCAAACAUUUUUCCACUCAUUACCUGCAUCAUGCACUUUCGGACAAUUUGCCUGCUGAGUAUGGUAGUCACGGCGCUAGCCGCGGACAAACCGAUCGCCAUCGUCAGUCAACGUCAAGAUGUCAGUCCGGAUGGAAGUUUUUACUCGAAAUGGGAAACCGCUAAUGGCAUUGCCGUCGAGGAAGAGGGUGUUUUGAAGAAUCGUGGUCAAAAGGACGCGGAAGCCGAAGAAGUUCGCGGCUCGGCCUCGUGGACCGCGCCGGAUGGUACGAGAAUCAACCUCGGCUGGUUAGCCAACGAAAACGGUGCCACAUUUCAAGGGCCGCAUCUGCCAACGCCACCACCCACGCAACCAAUACCCAUUCUCAUCCAGCGUGCCCUCGACUGGAUAGCCGCUCAUCCCUCCAAAGACGCGAGAAACGGAUUGUAGUUUUCCACUAUGUUUCGUUCUUAACAGGACAGUAUCGCGCGAAGAAGUCGACCGCGUGCUUUUUCCUCCGAAUGAUUUAAAGAAUUUGACUUUAUGCACGUACGUCUCUCUGGAAAUUUGAAUGCCUCUUGCCUGGAAUUCACCGAAUUACGCUAUCCGUGUGUAAAUCGUUCGAAGAACAUGCGACGAAGAAAAGCAUUUCGUAAGAACUAAGAUGUAAAGACUUUAGAUUAAACGUGUUACAGAUCGAUGAACCGAUGUUAUUAAUUGAUCGUCAUAAUAUAUUCGUACCUCGCUAUCGAUUAAUUAAAAGAUUGCUUUGUAAAUAACGUAAGUAAUAUGGUACUUUUACGGUCGAUUUAUAUUACAAUAAAGUCGUUUGUGCCCGUGCGACGAGUAUUCGUCGUUACUUAAUUCCAUUGAAAUGAAAUAUUUUGACAAAAAUAUAGGAGUAAAAUCCAUACGCUGCGAUUAGCAACAUUCCGAAUCAUAAUGCUAGCUCGGUGUACGAUAAAUGACAAACUGAAAAGAAAAAGGCGAACGUCGGUUGUGCGAGUUGUCGUGGCUCUGGAAUCUCGGCGAAACAACACGCGGAUUUCGUAGACGAUCUAUUUGCGAGCAAAAUAGCUCGCGACAGGUGCAACGCGAUAGCACGGAAGUCGAGGUCGAAGGUUGCCGUUGCGGCGAAGGGGACAGAGAAAUAUGGCGUAAGUGUCAGAGUAGGAAAGUUGCUCGUUGCAGCACCUGCAUCGCUGCUGUCGACGAUGUUGUCCUCGUUCGUUUGGAUUACACGCGCCUUGGUAGACGCGGAAAACCGUUUAACCGUGUAAAUAGCACGCGCCCAUCGUUACGCCUAUUUACGGAUUAUUAUUCGUUAAAUUGUUUGCGCUAGCAUGGCGACAAUGAAAAUAGUAUAGACUCAUGCGCGUUGUAAUACGAAAAUGUCAUUCGGUCCAAGUGUAAUAAGCGGUGCCCACUUCUUCUUACGUCUUACGCACUGUGGUUACAGCGACAGAAGCAGACAGAAGUGCACAGUAGGUACACCGAGGCCCCGGGACACUCCUGCCAAACGUCGGGAUGGUCACCGUGGGGUUUUAUUCGGUUUGAGUCCGACACUACCCCGUCGCCUUCCAGAGGGCGUACACUAGCGUUCAUAAGUAUUUGAACAUUUGAUUCGUUUCGAUCAAAAGGUUGAUAUUGUUAUCAUGUUUUCAGCGCUGUAAGAAAACGCCUCUCUAUUGUUAAUAUUUUAUCACUUACCGUAAUUCGUAAUUAAAAUUAAUCGACGACUAAAUAAGUAGCAAUAAUUUGAGUCUUAAUACAAGGAAGACAAGGGUGAAACGAAGAUAAUUCAUGCCGGAAGAGAUACUUGCGAGGAGAAGAAGAAUAAUUGCUAUCUUUAUCAAAUUUUGUCUCGCGUACUAAAUUUGCAUCACCUCGCAAUUUAAACAACGAAAGAUAUAGAAAUAAUUUAUGUAUCCAUCGACAAGUAAUAAAAUAUCAUUCAAUGCUAUCGAAUUGCAUUAUGCUAUAGAUGGGAAAAUGUCCUGUUGCAUUUAUUAGAAAAUCUCGAUUUCCUAAUGACGCGAACGGUAGAUUCGGUGAAAAGUUUCUCAGUAUACCAGGCACUAAAGUUUAAUAGUUUGAUAAGCUUUGAAUAUAUAAAGUUUAUUAGCUGGAACUUUGCGAUGUUCUAAGAUAUCGUAAAUGAAGCUGAUUAUUCUGUAUCACGAAGGAAGAUACGAAAAUAUAUUCGGUAAUUCAUCUUUGUUUAAGACGUGAUUUAUGACUCUUGACACGUACUCUAACGAUGCCCUAGGAAGGCUAUCGUAUAUACUAAGAUAAAAGUUUCACCGAUGGUUUUGCAUAGAUGACAGAAGUUGGAACGACCAAGCAUUAUGUAAUUCCAUUGUAAACGUGGAACAUAUCUCAGGUAUACUAACAUAGAAGCGUAUAACGCUGUGGUUCGUGAAAGUUCAACGAA